AUGACCACCACGCCCUCGGGAGAGGCCAGAGCCUCCAGCAUCCCCACACAUGGUGCCCUGCACAGGUCCACGGGCUUCCAGAGCCCAGUGCAGAAAGACAGGGAACAGGAACUAGCUCCAUCUACCCCAAGCGCUGCGGUAGAGUCCCCGCCAAAUGCGGAGGCUCAGCCCGUCGUGAGCACAGCAGAUACCAAUGACCAGCUUGACACUCGGGCUGCUGACGCUGCUGAAGCUGUUGAGGAGAAACCUGAGGGUCAGGAGGCCUUGAACCCUGGCACUGAUGCUUUGCCAUCAGCCCCUGCCUCGCCGGGCCCCGGACUGGCAGCCGUGGAGAGGAGGCCCCUGGACUCCACGGCCAGUGAGAACAACUACAUGCGCUCCAUGACCAGCUUGCUGGGCGGGGGUGAGGGGUCCAUCAGCUCCCUGGCAGACAUCCUGGUAUGGUCUGAUACUGCCAUGGGCAUGGCCACGGGCACUCUGGCCUCCGGCCACGGCUCCGUGACAGACCUGCUGCACAACACGGGGCCCAGCCUGCACUCCAUCUCCAGCAUCCUGGGGAGUGCCAGCUCUGCCUCAUCCUCCGGGCGCAGUGGGGACCAGUCGGCCCUGCACUCCGUCACCCACAUACUGGAACCGGUGGAGCGGAGGACCGUAGAGGGCAUCCUCUCGGCCAUGCCACCUCGCCCCACGCCAGGCCCAUGCCGGCCCCAACUUGGACGAGGCCCCGCGCUCGGCAGCCUCCCGAGACCCCGGGAGCACACAUGCCCUACUCUCUCACGCAUCCCUACCCUGGACGGCUCUCCCCAGACCGGGCAAUAA